GUCAGCCGUGGUCAGGAGGCAGACCGGAGCUGAGUGAGGAGAGAUUAAUCAAUUGGCUGAUGGGGACUUAUGUCAGGCAGGCAAGGCCAGUGCUGAAGCACAGCGAUGCUGUGUCAGUGUCCGUCAAGUUCUCUUUUGUCCGGGUGGAGGAUCUGAAUGAGGCCACUGAUACAUUCACAUCCACAUUGUUUAUUGUGCAGAUGUGGAACGAUCCACGCUUGAAAUGGAAUGUAUCAGAUUAUGAUGGGCUCCAAACUGUUCGUCUUCCAGCAAGCAGGCUCUGGAUUCCUGACUUGGUUCUCUUCAAUGUAGCCUACCAGAUGCCCCCACAGUCCUUGUAUGAGGAGACUGUGACAGUGACGUCUGAUGGAAAUGUUGUCUGGGUACCCAUGCUGACUUUGUUCAGCACCUGCCCGAUGGACCUAACAGAUUUCCCAAAUGACAUACAGACCUGCAGUUUAGUAUUCGGAUCUUGGAUGCACAGCAGUUGGGAAAUUAAUGUCACGUUCAUAUCUAACAAGUCUGAGAUGGACAUAGUCCUCAAUGAAGAAGACAUGUCCUAUCCAGUACAUGAGCAUCCGCAGUGGGAUCUUGUGGACAACAAAGCCUCGGCCAAACUGACACUGAAGAAAUAUGAAUGCUGCAAGCAACCAUUUACCCUCAUCACUGUGUCAGUGAAACUGCGCCGAAAGCCCCAAUUUUAUCAUCACCUGACGGUUAUGCCUGCAGCACUGCUGGGAUUUCUGGUGCCGGUUAUCUAUUUGGUACCAGCACGUAGCCAGGAUAAAACAAUCUUUGGACUUCUACUACUGAUGUGCCUUCUAUUGUUGAUGACUAUACUCCAGUUUGCCAUUCCAUUUAAUCAUGGAUCCAUGCCUAAAAUUUGCUCUUUCUACCUGGGUACAAUGGUUCUUACCUGUGGAAGUAUUUUUGCCUCAGUGAUUGUGUCAAAUUUGAGCAUCAGAGGAGCUAGGAGAAAGCCAUUGCCAGCCUGGGUCCAUGCAAUUUUCUUAGGCAGACAUAGCCUGCGAUGUCUUUUGUGUAUUGGGAAUUACGAACCAGUGAGAAACCUCUAUGCCUCAGAGCUUCACACACCAGAUGCCUCAGACCUUAGCCUUCAAGAAAUAGAAGUGAGGAUGAGUGAUCAACUUUUGCAGAAUUCUGAUGAAGCGCACUCUGACAAAAACCUGGUCCAAAUUGUCAGGUACAUCAAAUUCAUCGCUGGAAAAUUGGCAGCUGAUAUCUCCUAUCGCAAUAUCAAUCAGGACUGGGAGGAGCUAGGCAGAGUAAUUGACAGGUGCCUCUUCUUGAUAUUUUUGGUCUUGUAUAUUUUCACUGCUUCAUCACUUUUGUAG